AGCAAAAGCCUGGUUCCGUUGCGACUCCAUCGCCACCCAAAUCAGAAUCACAAAGACGCGGAAGAUUAUCUUGCUGCAACGGAAUCAGCUAAUAAGCGGUUGCCAGCUCAAAAAGAAGGUAAUGGCGGCACGAAUCGCACGGGUCAAGGCCAUGCUUCCGAGCCUUGAAUCUGCCCUACAAGCCUUUACUUCAUCAUCGAUAUCAUUUCGAGUAAUCAAGACGAUACCCGCGGCGUCUUCAAGCGCGGUAGAUAUCGAUCAUGCUGGGUCUCGAAUCGCGGCAGAUCCGCGUACUUUGUUCAUUCUUGACUCUUCUUACAAUCCACCUUCCCGGGCUCACGUCGCUCUCGCAUCAGCCACUAUUUCUACGAGCAGUGAAGCACGGCCAUACCGUCUCCUACUUCUCUUUAGCACCCACAAUGCGGACAAAGCGCCGUCGCCAGCUAGCUUUACUCAAAGACUUGCGAUGAUGAUCCUUUCGGCGGAAGACCUACAAAUGGCCUCACCGACUGAUAUGCGAGUGCCAAUUGACAUCGGCCUAACAACAGCUCCGUACUAUACGGAUAAGUCACGGGCUAUCAUGACCCAAGAGCCCGUUGCAUAUCCAUCGCAGCCCACGCAUGUGCAUCUCCUCGGCUACGACACGCUGAUAAGAUUUCUCGCCCCGAAGUACUACAAGGGGUAUGAUCCGCCUUUGAGUGCCUUGGCUCCCUUCUUUGACGUAGGACACAAGUUGCUUGUGCUUCUGCGACCAGAUAGCUCUUCCGACAAUGCCGUCACUAGUGAACCAAUCGAGGCACAGCGCGCUUUCAUCGAGAAAUUGGCGGAGGGCAGCCUAGCUGGAGAAGGUAUGCAACCUGCAUGGGCUCACCAGAUUGGUCUCUUGGAGGGACCUGCAGUCAAUGAGGCUGUUGGUAUUAGCUCUUCUGCCAUACGAAAGGCAGUAAGAGAGCAUGAUUGGACAUCAGUCGAAAGAAUGUGCACUCCUGGGGUUGUGGAAUGGAUCAAGGACCAGAAGCUGUAUUCUAGCGAUGAUAGGUAGAAGAGGUCGUGUAAACUUCUGAAUGACAGCUACGAGGGAUAGGCCCAAUCUGGCGGGGAAAAGUAUGAUGUAGAAAUUGAGGAGUCAGAAGACUACUUGAUCUCUUUUAACCAGGAAAUGCGCGUUUCAUUUUACUUGUACAUGUCGAGGCC